ACAGGCUCUGUUUUCUUUUUGGGGUUUUACUGAAAUUGUAAAUUCGGGCUCUUGCAUUUCAGUUCUAAAGUAAAGAUGACGAACCAGAAUGUGGUAGUCUCGGACGCUAGCUCUGCAAUUAACAUGUCCAUUCCUGUCGCCAACUCCUCCCUGUUUUCGUCGUCUGCGGGACAGAAACCACCACCAGUUCCGGGGACUUCCCUCAGCAUUUCAAAGAAGAAGAAGCUUCUCAAGAAGCUUGAAUUAGGAACUACACCCAGAAUCAAUGCUUGGGUUGAUUCCAUGAGAGCUUCAUCUCCCACUCAUACCAAGUCCACGGCUUCUUUAUCUGGGCCUGAAGAGCUUGGUUCUUGGAUCCUUAAUCACCCAUCUGCUUUAAACAUGUUCGAGCAAAUUACAAGCGCUUCAAAGGGAAAGCAAAUGGUUAUGUUUCUCGAUUACGAUGGUACCCUUUCGCCUAUCGUUGAAGACCCAGAUCUAGCUUUCAUGUCUGAGUCGAUGAGGGCAGCUGUUAGAGACGUCGCUAGAUAUUUUCCCACUGCGAUCGUGAGCGGGCGAUGCAGAGACAAUGUCUAUAACUUUGUACGAUUAGCAGAGCUGUACUAUGCUGGUAGCCAUGGAAUGGAUAUUAAAGGACCAGCCAAAGGUCACAAAUAUAAGAAAAGUAAUCAAGCAGUUCUGUUCCAGCCUGCAAGUGAAUUUUUACCCAUGAUCGAUGAGGUUUACAAAGAAUUAGAUGAGAAAACAAAAUCCAUACCAGGAGUAAAAGUUGAGAACCACAAGUUCUGUGCAUCGGUGCACUUUCGCUGUGUUGACGAAAAGAGAUGGAGUGCUCUUGCAGAACUGGUUGGGUCAGUUCUCAAGGACUACCCAAAGCUUCGACUUACUCAAGGAAGGAAGGUUCUAGAGAUCCGUCCUACCAUUAAGUGGGACAAGGGGAAGGCACUUGAAUUUUUAUUAGAGUCACUUGGUUUUGCCAAUUGCAAAGAUGUUUUGCCAGUUUAUAUUGGUGAUGAUAAAACAGAUGAAGAUGCAUUCAAGGUUUUGAAGGACAGAGGACAAGGUUUUGGCAUUCUUGUCUCUAAAUUCCCAAAGGACACAAAUGCCUCUUAUUCUCUUCAGGAACCCUCAGAGGUUAUGGACUUUUUGCAACGUUUGGUAGAGUGGAAGAGAGACUCCCUACCAGGAAGAAACUCAAAGGUGUAAAUAAAUACAAGAAGAUUGGCCACCCCAAGAGAGAAAAAAAAAAAAAAAAG